AUGGCGGAUCAGCCUCCUCCUCCAGGGAACCCUAGCACAACGACCCACAACGCUCACAACCCCAAGCGGGGCGUGGGCCUGGCCGGGGAUAUUGUGGGCUCUGUUUCCAAAGGACUCGAGGUCGGCGGGCGUCGGAACCCCGUCAGCGAGAUCGUCGGGACCGUCUCGGAUGGCCUGAAGCAUGGGGCCGGUGAGCAACCCAACAGGCAUGCAGAACCGAAGAAGUAG